UCCCUUCUACCGCACUCGUUAUCCUAUUUCCCGCCACCUGAGGACCCUUUGCGCCCUCCCAAACCCUCCCCGCGAAUCUUUCCCCUGCUGCCUAGCAUUCUUCGCUUCCUUCUUCCCAUAGUUGCUAUCUCCUUCCCUCUCCAUCCAUCAAUGGCGUUGUCCAGGCCUUCCCUCUUCAACCCUCGUUCUGUUUCCCGUCUCAAUCCUUUCAUCUUUUGCUCGCGCCACCGUCCUUUCCGUCCUCGUGUUUUCCCCUUCACUUCCAUCAUCCGGAGGUCGUCCACCGUUGCAGCGGCUAGUGCGGACUCGGACGUGUUCACCUCCCCGUUGACGUCGAAAACAUUCGAUUUUGCUUCUGAGGAGCGCAUUUACAACUGGUGGGAAUCUCAGGGUUACUUUAAGCCACACCAGGAGAGUGCAGGAGAGCCAUUUGUUAUUUCAAUGCCACCACCUAAUGUUACUGGAGCAUUGCACAUGGGCCAUGCAAUGUUUGUAACUCUUGAGGAUAUUAUGGUUAGGUACAAUCGAAUGAAGGGGAGGCCUACACUUUGGGUUCCUGGCACUGAUCAUGCUGGUAUUGCAACUCAGCUGGUGGUUGAAAGAAUGCUGGCAUCUGAAGGUAUAAAAAGGACAGAUCUAAGUAGAGAAGAAUUCAUAAGCAGGGUUUGGGAGUGGAAGAAAAAGUAUGGUGGAGCUAUUACAAGUCAAAUAAGGAGGCUGGGUGCAUCAUGUGACUGGACACGAGAACACUUCACCCUGGAUGAUCAGCUAAGUCAGGCUGUGGUGGAAGCAUUUAUCAGGCUACAUGACAAAGGCUUAAUCUAUCAAGGUUCAUAUAUGGUGAACUGGUCCCCUAAACUUCAAACUGCUGUAUCUGAUCUGGAAGUAGAGUAUUCUGAAGAAGUGGGCACUCUUUAUUAUAUCAAGUAUCGUGUUGCUGGUGGCACAAGGAGUGAUUUCUUGACCAUAGCUACAACACGCCCAGAGACAUUAUUUGCUGAUACUGCUAUUGCUGUACAUCCUGAGGAUGACCGCUAUUCUAUAUAUGUUGGAAAGCAAGCAAUUGUCCCCAUGACAUUCGGUCGUCAUGUCCCAAUAAUCUCUGACCGGUAUGUUGACAAAGAAUUUGGAACUGGAGUGCUAAAGAUAAGCCCUGGGCAUGAUCAUAAUGAUUAUGUUCUUGCAAGAAAACUGGGCCUCCCAAUACUUAAUGUCAUGAACAAGGAUGGAACUUUAAAUGAAGUUGCCUGGCUCUACUGUGGACUUGAUCGGUUUGAAGCUCGCAAAAAGUUGUGGGCGGAUCUCGAAGAGGCUGGUCUUGCUGUGAAGAAGGAAUCAUAUACAUCAAGAGUGCCAAGAUCACAGCGCGGUGGGGAGGUGAUUGAGCCACUCGUCAGUAAGCAGUGGUUUGUAGUCAUGGAGCCCAUGGCUGAGAAAGGCCUUACUGCACUGGAAAAAGGAGAUAUAUCUAUCAUUCCUGAGAGGUUUGAAAAGAUAUACAAGCAUUGGCUCUCAAAUAUUAAGGACUGGUGUAUAAGCAGACAAUUGUGGUGGGGACAUCGGAUCCCUGUUUGGUACAUUGAAGGUAAAGACUGUGAAGAAGACUAUAUCGUUGCAAGGAAUGCAGAGAAAGCACUUGAAAAGGCACGUGAUAAAUAUGGACCAAAUGUGGAAAUAUACCAAGAUCCAGAUGUUCUUGAUACCUGGUUUUCAAGUUCACUAUGGCCCUUCAGCACCCUUGGGUGGCCAAAUCUGUCAGCAGAUGAUUUUCAGCAUUUUUAUCCCACUACCGUCCUUGAGACUGGGCAUGACAUUUUGUUCUUUUGGGUGGCUCGGAUGGUCAUGAUGGGGAUUGAGCUCACAGGGAAAGUACCGUUUUCUUAUAUAUAUCUUCAUGGAUUGAUUCGUGACUCUGAGGGGCGUAAAAUGUCUAAAACUUUGGGAAAUGUUAUAGAUCCAAUUGACAGUAUCAAGGAGUAUGGUGCAGAUGCUUUAAGAUUCACUCUAGCAUCUGGAACAUCAGGUCAGGACCUUAACAUGUCAUUUGAAAGGUUGACUUCAAACAAGGCGUUCACAAACAAACUGUGGAAUGCUGGAAAGUUUGUCCUUCAGAAUUUGCCCUCAGAAAGUGAUUACUCUGCUUGGCAAGCUUUGGGGGGCUUCAAGUUUAAUGUGGAGGAUACCUUCAACCAACUGCCUUUACCAGAACGUUGGGUGGUUUCAAAGCUUCAUGAGCUCAUUGACACGGUUACGUCAAGUUAUGACCGAUUUUUCUUUGGAGAUGUUGGGAGAUCAAUAUAUGAUUUCUUUUGGAGUGAUUUUGCAGACUGGUAUAUUGAAGCUAGCAAGGCUCGUGUUUACAAUGUUGAGGAUCCCUCGGUUGCUGCUGUAUCCAGAGCGGUUCUCCUAUAUAACUUUGAAACUGUACUGAAGCUGUUGCAUCCUUUCAUGCCAUACGUCACUGAGCAACUCUGGCAGGCUUUACCUCAUCGGGAAACAGCACUUAUUGUAUCACCUUGGCCCAACACAUCACUUCCAAGGGAUGUCAAAUCCAUCAAAAGUUUUGAGACAUUGCAAUCUUUGACAAAGGCAAUUAGGAAUGUUCGAGCUGAGUAUUCGGUUGAACCUGCAAAGCGGAUCUCUGCAACUGUACUUGCUAGUCCUGAGGUCCUCCAUAACAUCUCUACGGAGAAGGAGGUCUUGGCACUUCUAUGCAGGCUUGACAUACAAAAUGUCCAAUUUACGAAUGCCUUUCCUGAAUAUGCAAAUCAGUCAGUUCAUAUCGUUGCUGGAGAAGGCUUGGAAGCUUAUCUUCCUCUUGCGGAUAUGGUUGAUAUUGCCACUGAAGUUCAACGUCUUUCAAAGCGCCUAUCGAAGAUGCAGUCCGAAUACGAUGCACUUGUUGCUCGCCUCAGUUCUCCUCAGUUUGUGGAGAAAGCCCCGGAGGAUGUUGUUCGCGGGGUGAGGGAAAAAGCGGUUGAAGCAGAAGAGAAAAUUACACUCACGAAGAACCGGUUGAGGUUUCUCCAGUCUACAGUUUUGGUUUCAGAAUAAAAUUUUGAAAUUGAAAUCCAUUCUUUUCUGAUGUACUUUAUUUACCAAAUUUUCAAAAUGGGAAAAGAAAAGGUCUUGUUGUCAAGUUAGCAAAGUCGAAAGUUGCACUUCGAAUCAACCAUGUUUUGUCUCAACUUGAACAGUCGAGGAAUCAGUGAAGAUGCAAAGCAGUGCAGCUCCGCGUCAACUAUAACCAUUAAAAAUUGGAUACCACGAGUUUUAUUUGGACUAGGAAGUUGGUGUCGACGUCUGCAUGUUUGCUCGUGCAUGUAAGUUCAUGCAUGUUGUCUCUGUCACUCUUGGUUUUGGGGUUUUGGAAGACAGGGUACUGGCUGCAACGCCUCUGAUUACCCCAGCUAUUUGAAUUGGUGCCAAGUUUUUUCCCA